AUGUCGGCCAAGACCUUUUACGACUUUACUCCCCUCGACAAGAAGGGCAAUGAGUUCCCCCUUUCCCAGUUCAAGGGCAAGGUAGUCCUCGUCGUCAACACUGCAUCCAAGUGCGGCUUCACGCCCCAGUACGCCGGCCUCGAGAAGAUCUACAAGGACCUGCGCGAAAAGUACGGCGAGGACUUUGAGAUCCUCGGCUUCCCCUCCAACCAGUUCGGCUCUCAGGAGCCCGGCUCCAACGAUGACAUCCAGGAGUUCUGCCAGAUCAACUACGGCGUCUCCUUCCCCAUUCUCAGCAAGGUCGACGUCAACGGUGACCAGGCCACUCCCGUCUACGAGUGGCUCAAGGAGCAGAAGCCUGGUCUGCUCGGCCUCAAGCGCAUCAAGUGGAACUUUGAGAAGUUCCUGAUCGGCCGCGACGGUCUUAUCGUCGAGCGUUGGGCCAGCACCACCAAGCCCGAGUCGCUCGAGAAGACCAUUGUCGAGACCCUCGAGAAGAAGGCCCCGGCUUCAUGA